CUCAUCAGAAAACAACAAUCUCGAGAAAAAAUGUCAGGAAGAGGAAAAGGAGGCAAAGGAUUAGGCAAAGGAGGAGCGAAGAGACACAGAAAAGUUCUUCGUGACAACAUUCAAGGAAUCACAAAGCCAGCGAUUCGUCGUCUUGCUCGAAGAGGAGGUGUGAAGAGAAUCAGUGGAUUGAUCUAUGAAGAAACGAGAGGUGUGUUGAAGAUCUUUCUCGAGAAUGUGAUUAGAGAUGCUGUUACUUAUACAGAGCAUGCGAGGAGGAAGACAGUGACUGCAAUGGAUGUUGUUUAUGCUUUGAAGAGACAAGGAAGAACUCUUUAUGGAUUUGGUGGUUGAACAGAACUGAUGUUCUUGAUAAUGAUUUAAGUCUUGCGAUCAAGAAAUUUUAGGGUUUGGUUAAUUGCAGUAUUGUAAUCGGGUCUUAAUUUUGGUUAAUCAUAGUACCAUUUACUCUAAUUACUCUAAAAGUAUUUUAAAUUUAUGAUUAUUAUGGUAAAGGAUUAUGAAUGGGGGUGAUGAAGAUCGAAUAUGGACUAAAUGUGAGUAUUUUGAAGUUUGGAGAUUAAUAUAUAAGAUUCAUAAA